AUGGGCGAGUGCUGCUCCGGAGAGGGGCGACUAGUCGAAACUGCGGUUGAUUCUGACACUGAGACGGAACCGAUGAAGGAGGCCUACGACAAAUACAAACCCAGCUGGUCUGAAGAGCUGUUUACUUUGGUUCACCGGAGCUUUAUCAGUAACAGCCGAAACCCGCGGGCAUUCCAGGCCAGAGUUGCUCAGACUCUAGUAUUGGCCAUUAUCGCUGGUCUUAUUUUCCUGCGACUUUCCCCAGACAACUAUUUGUCAAGAAGCGGUGCCUGCACAUUUAUAGUUCUGAAUCAGGGGAGUCUCGGAAUGGUUUCAGUAUUGCAUACGUUUACAAGUGACAAAGUUUUGGCUGUUCGAGAGUACCAAUCUGGCCUUUACCGCCUCACGUCGUAUUGCUGCGGCAAAAUGAUCGCCGAUUUUGCCUUGCAAAUGAUCUUCCCCAUUGUUUUUGCGACAAUUGCAUGGUACAUGAUUGGCCUGAAUGAUGCGGCUUUACGCUGGCUUUUGGGUCUGCUAUUCAUCAUGCUGACAACCAACAGCGCCAUUUCAAUCGGCUAUGCUGUGUCCAGCGCGGCGCCGACGGUAUUACAGGCACUCUAG